AUGAUAACUAAACAAAAUAAAAAAUGUUUAAAAAAGUCAAAACAUAAAACUGAAUCAUUAAAAUCAAGUAUAUUCUCAUCAUAUUUAUAUUAUCAACCUGACUUUUUUAAAGAAAAAAAUUUACCUUCAAAAAUAGUAACAGAUGAAGGAAUAGGUAAAAAUUUUAAAAAAUCUAUUGUUGGUGCAAUGGCAUUUUUAUUAAAUAAUACUACAAUUUUUGAAAAUAAUUUUUUAUCUAUUCCAAAAAUUUCACAUAAUUUUAAGUAUAAAGCUGAGAUGUUUUCAAAACAAAUUCGUAACUCAAUUGAAGGAUUUAUUGAAAAGACAAAUUAUAACUAUGUAUUUAUAAAUUACAUAUGUUUUAUUGUUGCUUUCAUUUAUACAUUUCAUCAAAUUAAAGUUAUCUUAUCAUCCCAAAAUAAUAUUUCAAAAAGUAACAAGAAAAUAAAUGUUAUCACGACAAAACAUGAUGAAACGAAAAAUUUAGAAAAAUUUUAUGCUGACAAAAGUGUUGGUGAUGAUUUUGCUGUUAUUGAUGAGUAUGAUAAUUUUGUUGGUGGAAAUGAUAUACCAUAUAAACCAUUUAGUUUUUCUGAAAUGGAUAUGCAAAAAAGGUCACAAUUAUUUUAUGAAACUAUGAAAUUACGUAGAAGUAUAAGAUGUUUUAGUAGUAAAUCUAUUCCAUUUAAAGUUAUUCAAAAUAUUAUAAAAACAGCUGGAACAUGUCCUAGUGGAAGCAACAAUCAACCAUGGUUAUUUUGUAUUGUUGGGAAUGAACAAUUAAAAAUAAAAAUAAGAAAAAUUGUGGAGAAUGAAGAACAAAAUAGUUAUACGAGAAGAAUGGGUGCUAAAUGGGUUUUAAAUGUAAACGAUUUAACAAUUAACUGGAAUAAACCGUAUCUUACUGAGGCACCAUAUUUAAUUGUUGUAAUGAGACAGGUUUAUACUGUUAAUAAAAAUGGUGAAAAAUGUGUAGUAGAUUUUUCUGAACUAAGUUCAUCAAUUGCUGUUGGAUUUUUUAUAACUGCACUUCAUAAUGCUGGUUUAUGUACAGUACCUAUUUGUGUAACAAAUAGUAGUCGACGAAUAAAGAAAAUUUUAAAUAGACCACCAAAUGAAGAAGUUUUAUUAGUUUUACCUAUAGGAUAUCCAGCAGAUCAAGCAUUAGUUCCAGAUAUAAAACGAAAACGACUAGAAGAUAUAACACGAAUAUAUUAA